GCGGUCUAUACAGUUACCACAGUUAUUUCCGCGAACAUGACGUUAAAAACUGGAUUUGUCUCUUAUAUGAAAUCCCUAAAUAAACCCGAUAAUGAACAUGUAAACCUUUGGAUAUCAUCCCUCAAAUCAAUAUGCGAAGACGAGCGCCUCCCUCAGUAUUACAGAAGAAAAGCCAAAGGUCUUCUAAGUGAUA